UCCUCAAUCUAUAAAAGGGCACCUCAAAAGCUGUCAAAGGGCCUUGAUUAAUGAGCAACUCAAGAGAACACACAGGCGACCGAAUCACCUCAUACCUCGCACCAUGGCUAUGGCCGACGUCAUGACGAGACCAGUUUGUCCAGGUCUCCUCCAACCCCUUACCGAGGAUGACUUGAAAGACUCCACUCUUCUAUACAACAGCCUUCCGCGUAUCCAUUCGGAUAUGCAGGUUGAUGUUUUUCACGUCACCAAACUGCUGGAGAUUAUCAAGAAGCACAACAACCAUGGGAAGCUCGGCUUGCAUUUGCUUCAUAAACACGAUGACAUCGCCAAUGGAACCAUUCGGCUUGAGUCGGACCUGGGUGUGGUGCCUGGAACAUGGAAUAGGGCUGCUCAGAUCGACUCCAUUGACAUCGGGGGCAUUCAUCCUGUUACAUUCAGGAAUAUUCCCCAGAAGAAUCGGCUCGUUCCGUUCGAGUUCGCCAAAGGACCUCCAUUGAUCACUCUCAGUGAACAGGACAAUGAUUUCCUCGUAGAGCUCAGCAGCUAUCUCGAUAUGCACUCCCUCAGCGACAAACUCGCCCUUGAAGUCACUCCUUACGGAGCAGACAGUCAACGCCAGGAAUGCACUGCUGAGAUUGAGGUGGACGGGGUCGGUACCGUCGUUCUGCCAAGGUCUAUGGUAAACAGUGAGGACUUUCUUCCCACCGGCUGGUUCACUCUCAUCCAGAAUGGCGACAGCGACAACCCCCCUGCUGGCCAAUCUUGGGCAAAGGUUGUCAACGGGUCUCACAAGGUGUUCACUAACAAGUCUGUCGGAACCCCAGCUGAGUUGGUCAACGAGUUGUCCGGAGCAGGAGUCACCAGGUUCUAGGCCGUUCCAAACAAGUAUGGAUAUCGGACGUCUUGGGGUGAUUUGUUCUCUUUUGAUUCAUAGGCUCGCAUCACAGUCACUACAUUCUUAAUUACCUCCUUG